UCAACAACGCUAAGCAAUCCCAAGAGGAAUGGAAAAGGUUUUUUUUCUUUUCUUCCCGAGAGAAAACUGCUAACAAGGAGUCAGAGGGGGAUUAUGUGAGAGAGAAAGCUGAAUUUCUUGAGAAGGCAAGGGAGUAAGAAAAGAAAGCGGAAGCAGUGAAGAAAGGGACGGAGACACUGGUACAGGGAGACAAAAGUUGAGGAUAGUUUUAAAGGAGUCGUUUGGUGACCAUGGAUCCAACGUGCUCUUCUGAGUGCAUUUAUAACCUCAUACCCAGAGACUUGAAGGAGCCUCCCCAGCCUCCUAGGUACAUAUCAAUUUUUAGGACAGCUGUACAAAAUGAGGUGCAAAAAGUUAAAACUGCAAUGAAAACUAUGGGACCAGCAAAAGUUGAAGUACCUUCUCCAAAGGAUUUCCUAAAGAAACAUUCAAAGGAAAAAGUUCUACCACCAAAAAAAAAGUUUGAUCGGAAUGUACCCAAAAAGCCUGCUGUGCCAUUGAGAAGUGACCAUCCAGUCAUGGGAAUACAGAGUGGAAAAAAUUUUAUAAACACAAAUGCAGCUGAUGUCAUCAUGGGAGUGGCUAAAAAGCCCAAACCAAUUUAUGUUGACAAAAGAACUGGAGACAAGCAUGAUCUUGAAACCUCAGGACUCCUUCCGAAGUACAUCAAUAAAAAGGUAGACUUUUUCAUACUACUCAUGACCCUGCACGCACUAUUGCAUGGUAAAAACAAGUACAGUAACAUCACAAACAGAGCGAAUAAAUACUCCCAAUGGGAAUUCAGCACACAGUUAAGGAAAGAGUUUGGCCUCCGUGCAGUAUUUUUGGUUACUGUGGCCAAGUACUUGAUAAUUGACUUUAGUAUUUACAGUUUUCUUUACCAUUUGCAGGGGCUGAAAAAGAACUGGGAGGAGGUACACAAAGAGUUCCAGUCCCUCUCCGUCUUCAUAGACUCCACCCCAAAGAAGAUGCGCAAGCAGAGGCUGGAAGAAGAAAUGAAACAACUGGAACAUGACAUUGCUGUCAUCGAAAAGCACAAAAUUAUUUACAUUGCCAAUAAGUAA